UGAACACUCACAAUUCCGCUGGCAUUCAAACAAUCCAGACGUAGACAAAAGGAGAAGGCAGCAUAAACAGUUUCCAGUGAUCGAUCUCGUGCCAAGUGUAAAGUGUCUCAAUUCGCUGCUAUUUUAAUUGAUUCAAUAAACAAAUCGUACAACUCGCACACAAACCAAACCAAAUAAUUCAAACUAAAACAAAACAAUGGCGCAAAAUUCAUGUGGCAAACUCUGUGUGGAUGCAGCAACGACUUCAGACUGUUGCAAACAGAGCGGUGCUGUUAAAAAAGUAUUCCCCGAUAAAGUUUACAAAUCGGAGCAGCCAAAGGGUCCAGAUGCCACGGGCAUGACCUGCGAGUGCGGCGUGUUUGGCGCCAUUGCAUGCGGAGAUUAUCCAACUCAGAUGGACAUAGCGCAGAUGAUCUGCUUGGGCUUGGUGGCGCUGCAGCAUCGUGGGCAGGAGUCGGCCGGCAUCUGCACCAGCUUGGGCAAGAGCUCCAAGAACUUCAGCGUGCACAAGGGCAUGGGCAUGAUCAACAAUAUCUUCAACGACGAGGCCAUACGCAAGCUCAAAGGCAAUCUGGGCAUUGGCCAUACGCGCUACUCCACCUCCGCAGCCUCCGAGGCGGUCAACUGCCAGCCCUUUGUGGUGCAUACGGCACACGGCGCCCUGGCCAUCGCUCACAAUGGCGAGCUGGUCAACUGCGAGUCACUGCGUCGCGAGGUGCUGGAGCGCGGCGUGGGUCUGUCCACGUUCAGCGACAGUGAGCUGAUCGCGCAGUCGCUCUGCUGUGCGCCCGAGGAUGUGUCGGAGCACGAUGGGCCCAAUUGGCCGGCCAGAAUACGUCACUUCAUGACGCUGGCGCCGCUUUCCUAUUCGCUGGUGGUGAUGCACAAGGACAAGAUCUAUGCCGUGCGCGAUUCCUAUGGCAAUCGGCCGCUGUGUCUGGGCAAGAUUGUGCCCUUCGAUGCGGGCCAUGCCAACAUAGAAGAUCAGCUGGCCGAGGGCUGGGUGGUGAGCAGCGAGAGCUGCGGCUUUCUCUCCAUCGGCGCACGCUAUGUGCGCGAGGUGGAGCCGGGCGAGAUCAUCGAGCUCACGCGCAAUGGCUACCGCACCGUGGACAUUGUGGAGCGUCCGGACUUCAAGCGCAUGGCCUUCUGCAUCUUCGAGUACGUUUACUUUGCGCGCAGCGACUCCAUGUUUGAGGGCCAGAUGGUGUACUCGGCGCGCCUGCAAUGCGGUCGCCAGCUGGCGCGCGAAUCGCCGCUGGAUGCGGAUCUGGUCAGCUCUGUGCCGGAGUCGGGCACGGCGGCAGCGCAUGGCUAUGCGCGUGAGUCGGGUCUGCCCUUUGGUGAGGUGCUCUGCAAGAAUCGCUACGUGGGACGCACAUUUAUACAGCCCUCGAACCGCCUGCGCCAGCUGGGCGUGGCCAAGAAGUUUGGUGCUCUGGCUCAGAAUGUGGAGGGCAAGCGCAUUGUGCUCAUCGAUGACUCCAUAGUCAGAGGCAACACCAUUGGGCCCAUUAUCAAGCUGCUGCGCGAUGCGGGCGCCACGGAGGUGCACAUACGUAUUGCCAGUCCGCCGCUGCAGUAUCCUUGCUACAUGGGCAUCAAUAUACCCACGCGCGAGGAGCUCAUAGCCAACAAAUUGAAUGCGGGGCAGCUGGCCAAUCAUGUGGGCGCCGACAGUCUGGCGUACCUUAGUGUGGAGGGUCUGGUGACGGCGGUGCAGAUGAACAAGGAGCACGUGAAUCCUGUCAAGUCGGGCUACUGCACAGCCUGCCUGACGGGCGAGUAUCCUGGCGGAUUGCCGGAGGAGCUCAGCUGGUAGGCAGUGCGCUACUUAGACUUAGGCUUAGUUCUUAGUUCAUCGUCAGCUCAAUCUGCAAUGGUCAUUAAUAUUGUUAAAACACUUAAUGGAACAUUAAAUUAUCCUCAUAGUUUAGCACAACA